AUGCUUGCCAGUCCGAGUGCUCCGCCGCCAGAUGGUCUGUCUCUAUGGAAUGCUAAGCUGGCUGCUAUGCCAUUAGGAAGCGGAAGUGGGUAUUUUCUCAAACAGGUUCACAAGCGCUACCAUGGUCACAGAAAGUCCCUCCUCGUUGUUUCUGGCUCACUGGACACGUGGAUCGCAUCUGUGGCAGAUGCGAUAUCUGCUAGCGACAAAACAAAGUCGAUCAGAUGGCGGGAUAUGCUUGAGGAGCCAAGCGACGAGCAGGAAGACGAAGCAGCUCGGUUGAUAACAUCGCUUUCUCGAGACGAGCCCGAAGAAGUGAUAAGUCAGACAAGAAGAUCUCUAAGGCAGUCUCUAGAACAAUUGACAACGACGGUGGCAAGCGCUGUGAACGAGACAAUCAGAGAAGAGCCGGAUCUCGAUUUGACAGUCUAUUGGUUGCGUGCCAUUAGACUGGUUAUGCAACCGCUUCGGCGCGCAUUUCCCGAGGAGGUGGCGCUCAAGGACCUAGGAGACCUCAUACCGAGGCUUCACCUUAAACUUGCGACCAAGAUUGCCACUCAAGUCGCUCAGCAGCACAAGCCUGGCGAUGAAGGAGAGCAUCAGGCCGUUGUGGAUGAAUUGCCGUCUCCAGCCGCAUUCAACCUACUACAAGGAUUGUGUGAUACCAUGCAGGAGAUUGGAGGUAGCGACAUCUGGUCGCGUCCGGCUAUCAAAAGCGUGAAAAAGGCUUUGAGACACGAACUCUUCCCCACAGAUAGCGAAGCUAUUUGGAAGAAGUUUGACUCGGAAUUUUUAGCUUGUGCAUUGCGUGAUGGACAAGCAUUGCCACCGGAGUCGACCGAGGCCAAAUCUGCUGAGAGCUACUGGCAGCGCACGCGACUGUUGUUUGGUAUACUAGCAGAAUGA